AUGAUUCCUGUGCUUCCAAUGGGAAACACACCUGAUGGGGAAAGUAGCAAUGUUGGUGGCCACGAUCAACGCAACCAUUCAACACCAACAGCUACAACAGCUACAACAGCAGCAACAGCAACAACAACAUCAUCAACACCAUCCGCUUCAAUGUCUAGAGACCCAUCAAGUAUGGUUCCAGGCGCUUCAAGAAACCCAGUCACCACGGGUGUGGCGGUGAACGUCCCCCAGCACCAUGUUUCGGCAAACACCGGAUCCGGUGGUAGAAAUUCGGAAAAUAACAUGGGUCACGUGCCGCAGACGUCGGGCGUCGGAGUCGUAUCUAACGACAACAGCAACAACCCGUUGGUGAUGGGAGGAAAUGUGGGUAUUUCAAGCGGCGAAGCGGACCCUACAGGUCGCAACAAGAGUGGUGGACUGCCGUCUCAUUCCGGAAUGCCCCUACGGCCACACCAAAAUGCCGUAGCCAUCUCACCGUACAUGGCGCAAACAACAUCGCAAUUCAAUGCGCAAUUCCCGAUGCACAGUCUCAUACCUAUUCCACCGGGCGGCUCUCCAUCUCUCAACGGCAACGAGGGUGACCACGGUGAAACAGAUGCGGAGGCCCACCUGGCUGGAAAAUCCGGAAAGCCGCUGAGCAACACGAAGCGUGCUGCGCAGAACAGAAGUGCCCAGAAGGCAUUCCGGCAAAGACGCGACCGCUACAUCAAGGAUCUGGAAGCCAAAGCCGAAGAAUUCGACCGUUUGGACGCACAGGUGGCAGCGCUAUCGCAAGAAAAUGAAUCUUUGAAAAGAUACGUUAUCGAGCUGGAACAACGGCUUAUGGCGACGCACGCUCCGUAG